GAGGAGUUCGGAAUAUCUAGAUUGAUGACUCUUAACUUCGUAACCCCAACCAUGGUCCUUGGAACCAUUUCCUAAACAGUCAUCGUCCAGCCUUAUGCUUAUCUUCCCAAUAGCACGUGUAUUUUCCACGUCGUCUAUUGUAUGCAAUUGUCCAAACUAAAAUUUACCUACAACACCUAACAUUUUCCCUGGUUCCCGUCUAUUCCUAUUCCUUACCUACACCCGCCCUACACCAUACACCGUAUACCAUACAAUUCGGCAUACACAAGCAAGGGAUGGGUGACAUUCGUCUAUUCCAACGACCGACAACCUGGCACAGCUGUGUGAUGUAGAUCAAAGCCUCGCCUCAACACGAGAGUUUCGUACUCACGGAGCCGUUCAACCGUGGAAUGGUCGAAUGAUCUUCCCCGCUUGGCACUACUCGUAUCGCAUCACUGUUACAUUCUUCCAUCGUACUACAUAGUGAAUAGUGACUUGCCCUCGAAACUAUUGAGCAAGAUGGCAUACCUGUGGCAAUCCAUCGUCAUUUCGCUCUUCGCUCUUCUGGCCGCGAUCGUUGCCAUACUUCUAUGCGCUCGUUGGGGUGUAUGGGAUUGCCUGUGUUUCUAUCCAAACCAAUGGUUUGGCACGAGCGGAAGACGAUUUCCGAAGACGAUUCAACAGGCGUUAACACAACUGGAGGGUGUGACCGAGAAGAGAACCCGUCGUAACUCACAGACAGAGGCAGAAGAAGCGGAAUGCCCAAUAUGUCUUGGACCCCUUUAUCCCAGAGAAGCCCGUACAUCUACAUCGGUGGAGGAAGAUAAAGUGGACCUAGAGGCUGGCCACGGGAUAACAAGAACGCAUACGACGACCACCGAAGUGACGACGGUGGAAAGCAAGGACCAAUCCGUACAGCCUAUCAACGACGACGUCCUGAAGAUGAAGCGAUGCACUCACCUCUUUCACGCUCGCUGUCUGGCUACAUGGUUCCUACGCAAGAAGUACAGCUGCCCCGUAUGCCGAACGCCAUACUAUCAGGUGGUCGAAGAUGACGACUUCGUGGAGGGUUAUCCAACGCCACCUCCGAUGCCGAUUGUCGGGUUCUGGUAAUUCGUCAUUAUACAGCGUACCUAACCAACACGCUGUGGCUGUCCACCAGCAUAUGAAGCUGUGUGAGCAUUACCAAAGAACCUGCUAUAAUUUACUCAUUGAAGAAAGCAUACGAAAAGAAUAAUCCGGAGUAGGCUAGGUAUCGAGAGGCUCAGAAGUGGAUUACUGAAGGAAAAGGAACAGGGAAAAGGAAAAGGCGUUUAGGACAAGGCAUCGCAAGGAGUGGGCGUUUAAUGAGGAGAACUUCUCGAAUGACCCGUUUCGCGCCAACACACAUGAUACCCCAAAUGUAGCUACUUGCUUGAAUGAGACCACAAUGAAUUUUUUGGAGAUGAUUAUUGACUGGAAUAGGUGUGAAGUUGAUUGAUGUUGAAGUCUAGCGAGAGACGGUUGCAGUUAUCAGUGUUAUUCCUCAGAGCAUCGGAUCCCAGGUGGGGUAUAGAAGCCACCCACGUGAUCCCUUAGGUCCCUUGCAGCCACUACGGGUCUCAUUUAAAGUUAGCUUCUCCACA